AUGGUAGAACGGUUUCAUCGUCAGCUGAAGGAUGCCAUCAAGGCACAGCCCGACCCCUGCAGCUGGAUGGAUGCUCUACCCUUAGUGCUCCUUGGCAUCCAUGCAUCCCACAAAGAAGACAUGGACUGCAGCCCAGCGGAUCUCACCUUAGGCGAGCCCCUUCGCCUCCCCAGGAAUUUCUCACUGACUCCUGACCCUUUCAGGUACUUACUGCUCCUGAUGAGGAUCAUGCACCUAGCCCUGUGGACCCAGACAUCCCACCCAGCGCCCCCAAGGACUGUAGUUACUGCUCCUGACCGUGCUCCUGCACCCAGCCCUAUGGACCCUGACACCCCACGCGGCGCCCCUGAGGACUUUGCACCUGCCGCGAGAGAAAUACCACAUUCCCCGCGUGUUCAACCUUCUCUUAUCUACAACCCUCCUUCUCCUCAACCUUCUUACCUCCAGCAGCUCUCAGCCUUCUCCUUUGGCUACCUCCCACAGAUUUCGUGUGUGUCACUAAGCAGGUCUCGUCACCCGUAG